AUGGAUGCUGAUAUGGAUGUGCCUAUGCAUGAUGCUGUCUCUGAACAACUCACCCCGACUAUUACAGAAGAUGUGACCUCUAACAAUGGGGAUGUCAGUAAUGGGUCUGGAGAUUAUCAGGAUAUCGACUUUAAACCAGGUUCGUCUGGUAUUGCCGACAAUAAAUCGUCUACCCCUUUACAGUUGACUCCAAAUAACAUUAACGAUCUAGAUAAAUGGAUUGAACAACUUGGUCGUUGUGAAAUGCUUUCAGAAGAUGAUGUGGCAAGAUUAUGUCGUAUGGCUGUAGAUGUAGUACAAUUCGAAGAAAACGUGAAACCUAUUAAUGUACCUGUGACGAUCUGUGGUGACGUUCAUGGUCAAUUCCAUGAUUUAAUGGAAUUGUUUAAGAUUGGUGGUCCAUGUCCAGAUACUAACUAUUUGUUCAUGGGUGACUACGUCGAUAGAGGGUAUUACUCUGUGGAAACCGUCUCAUAUUUAGUCGCUAUGAAGAUUAGGUAUCAACAUAGAAUCACCAUAUUAAGAGGUAAUCAUGAAUCUCGUCAAAUUACUCAAGUAUAUGGGUUUUAUGAUGAAUGUUUACGUAAAUAUGGUAGUGCAAAUGUAUGGAAAAUGUUUACAGAUUUAUUUGAUUAUUUCCCAAUCACUGCAUUGGUAGAUAAUAAAAUCUUUUGUUUACAUGGUGGUCUAUCUCCGAUGAUUGAAACAAUAGAUCAAGUACGUGAAUUGAAUAGAGUGCAAGAAGUACCUCACGAGGGUCCUAUGUGUGACUUACUAUGGUCAGAUCCUGAUGACAGAGGCGGAUGGGGGAUUAGUCCCAGAGGUGCAGGGUUCACGUUCGGACAAGACAUUAGUGAACAAUUCAACCAUACCAACAACUUGACUUUGGUAGCUAGAGCUCAUCAAUUGGUGAUGGAAGGUUAUGCUUGGUCACAUCAACAGAAUGUAGUCACAAUAUUUAGUGCCCCAAACUAUUGUUAUAGGUGUGGGAAUCAAGCUGCUAUUAUGGAGGUAGACGAGAAUAAUAAUAGACAAUUCUUGCAAUAUGAUCCCUCUGUAAGACCAGGUGAACCUACAGUUACAAGAAAGACCCCUGAUUAUUUCUUAUAA